AUGUCCACCACACCCAUUCCGACUCGGACUUACAGGGAUGCCAUAGAUGCAUUGAACAGCCUUCAAACUAACGCUGCUGUCCUGGAGGCCGUGAUUGCUGCAGGACCAAAGCUCAAUCCUAAUGCUACACCUGAAAUGAUUGAUUAUCUACGCCGGGUGGGCCUCGAGCCAUCCCAGUUAAAUAAUCUGAAUGUUAUACAUAUCACGGGAACCAAAGGAAAGGGCUCUACAGGCGCAUUUACGGAAUCAAUAUUGAGGGCAGCUAGGCCAGGCUGGAAAACUGGCUUGUAUACCUCUCCUCACCUGGUCGCUGUCCGUGAGCGUAUUCGCAUCAAUGGAGAACCACUUUCAGAGGAGCAAUUUACUCAUUACUUCUUCGAGGUGUGGAAUUUGCUCCAGAAUACACAGUGCGCAGUCGCCACCAUCCCCUUCAUGCCAAACUACUUUCGCUACCUAACGCUCAUGGCCUUUUACACCUUCUACCAACUCAAGGUUGAUGCGACAAUUCUUGAGGUAGGCAUUGGUGGACGCUCUGACAGCACAAAUAUUGUCCCCAAGCCAGUUGUUACAGGCGUUACCGCCCUCGGGUAUGACCACACAAGAAUUCUUGGGGAAAAGCUCAGUCAGAUCGCAUAUCACAAGGGUGGAAUAUACAAGGAAGGGGUUCCAGCCCUGACUGUUCAACAGCCUGAGGAAGGCAUAGUGGAGCUUGGUGUCUGUGCAGCAGAGAAGAGGGCAUCUCAGUUCACAAUUAUUGACGCCCUCUCUUCCACCAUCCCAUUAGGCAUGUUUUGUCUUGCCGGUGAUCACCAGAGAUCGAACGCGGGUCUCGCGGUACAAUUAGUGCACACGUUCCUCAGCAUCAAAGAUCAAUCCCUCCCUGCAUCUUUUAUGGAUGGCCUCAAAAAUGCUCACUGGCCUGGCCGUUGCCAGACAGUACUCGAUCCGAAGCUUGAGGCUACGGCAUGGUUCCUCGAUGGGGCACAUACAAAAGAGAGCCUUGCGUGCUGUCUGGAAUGGUUUGUAAGCCCAGCAGUCGGGCUUCCUGUUUCCCCCGUUUCUGACGAGCACCCACCGCGAGUGCUUAUCUUCAAUUGCACUAGUGGACCUAUCCUACAAAAGAUAGAGGAGCGACUGGCGAUACAUGGAAGCCGGGAGAAGAAGGAAGAAUUUUUCGCCAAGGUCAUUUUCUGUAGUAAUGUGACCUAUGCCAGCGGCAAUUUCAAAGGCGGUAAGUAUCCGUCACCCAUCUCAAAUGCAAGCUUAUAUAUGACAAGCCUCAAUCUCAAGACUCAGAGAGAGAUCGAAGCAGCCUGGAACAAGCUUGUCCCAACUUACUCUGGCACAGUGCACGUUCUGCCGACGCCCAACGUUAGCGUACUCGUCACGGGCAGCUUACACCUUGUAGGUGGUGUCAUCGAGGUUGCAGGCUUGGCAGACAGAGCACUGAGCCCAAAAGCAUGA